CUGUAAUAGGCCAAAGAAUUAUAUAGCAAGAAUCCAGUUCUAUUGUUCAAUUGUCUCCUUAAUAGCAAUGGUACCCAUUUUUCUACUGUUCUUGUUCUGCUUUCCCUUUAAUGCUGGAGCCCGUUGCUUUCGUUCCUUCAAGAAGCUUCAACUUCCAGCAGUUGGUUCUGAAUCCUAUGCCUUUGAUUCGCACAAUGUUGGACCUUACACUGGUCUCAGUGAUGGAAGAAUUGUCAAAUAUCAGGGCCCGGAAACUGGUUUCGUAGAGUUUGCCACCACUUCUGCUAACAGGUCGAAGGAAUUGUGUGAUGGAACUGACGGGAACGACCUGAAAUUGACUGAGACUUGUGGGAGGGCAUUAGGCAUGGAAUUCGACCACAAAACUGGAGAGCUCUACCUUGUUGACGCUGUUUAUGGCCUGAUGGUGGUGGGAAGUGGUGGCGGCCUUGCAACUCAGCUCGCUGGUGGAAAAGAUGGAGAGCGCUUUGAUGAAGCAGAUGCCUUAGACAUUGAUCCAAAUACUGGAGAAAUUUAUAUUGGAGAUCUCGGCACCCUCUUACAUAAGACCAAUAAUUUGACGGAAAUACUCCUUAGUGAAGAGAGAACCGGAAGACUACUGAAAUACGAUCCCAAGACAAAAAAGCUGACAGUGCUCCUGAAGGGGCUGGCGUUGGCAGCCGGGGUGGCUGUGAGCAAGGAUGGCUCAUUUGUAUUGGUCGGAGAAUACAUAGCCUGCAGAAUAACAAGAUAUUGGCUCAAGGGCCCCAAAGCCACUACUUCAGAGAUUUUCGUGGAACUUCCAGGGAACCCUGACAACAUUAAAAGAACCAAAUCAGGGGACUUUUGGGUCGCUGUCAACAUUCAAAGACUGCAACCUAAGCCGAGCUGUUUUGCUUUGGGACAAAAGAUCGGUGCUGACGGUCAGAUCCUGGAAACAGUGAAUUUCUAUGCAGAAUAUAAUGCCACUUCCGUUGCUGAAGUCCAAGAACAUCAUGGCUUAAUGUACCUGUCGUCAACAAACGCGAAUUUUGCAGGUGUUUAUGAGGUGCUCAAGUGUUCAGACAAGCCUGUUCAAGUUUGAAUAUACAUUAUUCUUUUUGUAAAUUAAAGCAUUUCCCCUGAAUCCUUUUGAAUGAAUAAGAGUAUGUUUACGGGA